UGAUAGGGGAGGAGCACCUUUUCCGGCGCCUCCCGAGCGCGGCGAGUCUCCGCGCAGGCGCACUGCCCUCUGCCGGCUCUUGCAGGCAGUGCAGGCGCCGGCCCCCAGGGGGCUCGUGCAGGGGUGCUGGAGGUGGCAGGGAAGAUUCCUGACGUGCUGCAGGGAGCGUGGGCAAACCUCGACGUUAGCAAUCUCAGAGGACGGGGAGAUUGGAGAUCAGCUCUCCGCGUUGGUUUCUGAGUGCUUUGGAGUCCCCGUGGGAACUUAGGUGAUGUUCCCUUGGAUCCCUAUAAGGCCUACUUGGGAACUCAGUUUAUCUUGCUUGUGUUAAGCAUUGCCUGCGUAUUGGUUUCGUGAAGCCAACCUUUUAACAACAAAAGAAAAGCCACCCAACUUUGGCGGGUGUAACUACAGGUAUCAACCCCCUCCCCACUUUGGUCCAAAUUCCUGAGGAGUUGGAAAGACUUUCUGAAGGACGUCAAAGUCAGUACUUCUUAUUUUCCUAACUUCCACGCCGGAUUCUAUAACGCGUGACCGGCUCUUGUUCUGGGUGCUACAGGGUUAGAGAUACGAGCAAGACUAAUAUCGAAGACGAAAUGGCAAAAAGUCUUUUGACUACGUCUCUGUCUACAAGGACGAAACUGUUACAAACAGGAGUGUCGCUUUAUAAUACAUCUCAUGGUUUCCACAAGGAGGAAGUAAAAAAGAUACUGGAGCAGUUUCCUGGCGGAUCCGUUGACCUUCAGAAGAAACAGAAUGGCAUUGGCGUUCUCACGCUGAACAACCCCAAUAAAAUGAAUGCCUUCUCAGGUGUCAUGAUGCUACAACUUUUGGAAAGGGUAAUUGAAUUGGAAAAUUGGACAGAAGGGAAAGGCCUCAUUGUCCAUGGGGCAAAAAAUACUUUUUGCUCAGGAUCUGAUCUGAAUGCUGUGAAGGCACUCUCCACUCCAGAGAAUGGAGUGGCCUUAUCUAUGUUCAUGCAGAACACCUUAACAAGAUUUAUGAGACUACCGUUAAUAAGCGUUGCUCUGGUUCAAGGCUGGGCAAUGGGUGGAGGAGCAGAAUUUACUACAGCAUGUGAUUUCAGGUUAAUGACUGUGGAGAGUGUGAUCAGAUUUGUCCACAAGGAGAUGGGGAUAGUGCCAAGCUGGGGUGGUGCCAGCCGGCUGGUUGAAAUCAUCGGCAGCAGACAAGCUCUCAAAGUGUUAAGUGGGACCUUCAAACUGGAUUCCAAGAAAGCUUUAAAUAUAGGCUUGGCUGAUGAGGUCUUACAGUCUUCUGAUGAAUCUAAGGCUCUAGAAAAGGCCCAGGAGUGGCUAGAGCAGUUUGUCAGUGGGCCUCCAGAAGUCAUUAGAGGUUUAAAAAAAUCUGUUUGUUCAGCCAGAGAGCUGUAUUUAGAAGAAGCAUUACAGAAUGAAAGAGAUGUUUUAGGCACACUGUGGGGUGGGCCUGCAAACUUAGAGGCUAUUGCUAAGAGAGAGAAACAUACUAAAUAAUUUUUAAAAUGUGGUUGUACUACAAGUUUAAGCUGCCAUGAGAUGGAUGGAAGUGAUAUAAAAUGAGCAGCAGAAUUCAUCUGAAGUUAAUGUGCUUAUUUGGUUUGGGUGAUAACUUUCUAUAUCUCAAUUGGUUGGUUUUUCUUUCUUUUUUAACAUUUGCUUAAAGUCACUUCUACCAAUUUCUACUUUCCUAUAGUAAUUAACCUAGAACCAAAGGUCAAUUUUCAAGCAGGAAACCUAUCCCUGGGCUUAUCUUUUGUAACAUACUUAUAAUUUAAAUUUUAACGCUGGGUCUUAAACUUAUUAUGUAGUCAAGGAUAGUCUUCAAUUUCUAAUUCCUCUGCCACCACCUCCCAAAUGCUGGUAUAUACUAUGGUGUCUGGCCAUUUUGUUCUUUCUUAAGUUGGUGUAACUUACAAAAAACAAAAUAAAAUUUAUCUCAAAUUUUUCUUAUGAAGCAGAAAGCAGAGAGGAUUAGAGGCAUGUAAGAAAUAUUAGUCAUUUGUUCUGCUCUGUACACUUGAAAUACUGAUGGGAAUGGUUCUUCAGUAAAGAAAAAAUGUGCACCUUUGUUGAAUUUGGAGCUUUAGUUGGUCUUUUUGACCAACUAAACAGUGAAAGCCAUUACACUGACUGACUGUACAGAGUAGCUUUGCAUCGUUCCCUGGAAUUCUCAAGCCAAUGGUAAAAUAAACAGUACUACCGAUGGGGUUUUACAAUUGAAAUAAUUAAAGAAUCGUGAAGCAUCCUGAAACAGUAAUUUUCAUUUUUACCAGAUUCGUGAAUACUUAACUUUAAUUCUUGUGUAGCUGUCUUUUAAUACUAAAUUUAAUAAAAACACGUAAUUGAAACAUUA